AUGAUAAUGAAGCUCCGACCUUUCCUUCAAUUCGUCGCUGCGAUAACGGCAGUUGCUGCGCAUCGAGGACCAACUCGGCCUGAAUCUUUCUCCGACGUUGUCAUCUUCGACCCCCCGCGCAACUACACCAUUCCACGCACUCUCUAUGCACGAAAUGAGCAAUUGCCUAAUGGGGAUAUUCUAGCAACGUGGGAGAACUACUCACCAGAACCUCCAGCGGUUUACUUUCCAAUCUACCGCUCCUCCGAUCACGGCAAGACCUGGAAAGAGAUCUCCCAGGUCCACGACACAGCCAAUGGGUUGGGUCUUCGCUAUCAGCCAUUCCUGUACUAUCUUCCAGAGCCCGUGGGCCGCUUCCGCGCCGGGACCCUGUUGUUGGCUGGGAGCAGUAUCCCGACUGAUCUGAGCUCAACCCAGAUCGACCUCUAUGCAUCGCAAGACGAAGGUCACACAUGGAAAUUCCUAAGCCACAUAGCUGCAGGUGGGGAAGCUGUUCCGGACAAUGGAUUGACUCCUGUUUGGGAGCCCUUCUUGCUUGCCCACAAGGGCAAAUUAAUUGCUUAUUAUGCCGAUCAGAGGGACAAUGCAACCUACGGUCAAAAAUUGUCCCAUCAGGUCACUCAUGAUCUUAUAAACUGGAGCCCGGCGGUAAAUGACGUUAUCUACCCAACAUAUACAGACAGGCCUGGAAUGCCCGUUGUCACAAAGCUCCCCAACGGCAAAUACUUCUAUAUUUACGAAUACGGUUCCUUCUUCAACACCUCCGACUAUUCGUUCCCCCUGUACUACCGUAUCAGUGCCGAUCCAGAGGGCUUCGUCAACGCAAAGCAUCACGAACUCGUCGUGUCAAGUGGCACAGUCCCAACAUCUUCUCCAUACGUCACUUGGACACCGUGGGGAGGAAGGAAUGGAACGAUUGUGGUCAGCUCUGGUACACAAGACACUAUAUUCGUGAACCAGGCUCUUGGCGAGGGCGAAUGGACUGAGGUGCAAACGCCUGAACCACACAGUUACACCAGGAAUUUGCGUAUUCUUAAGGAAGAUCCUCGAUUCGUGUUGUUACAUGGCGCUGGUGUACUCCUUGGGGAAGAGAACAAGGUCACUGUGAGCCUGUUGAAUUUGGAGGAGGCGCUAGGCGCUCUGUAA